AUGCUGAGGUCCCGAGAAGACGUAACAAACCUUAUUCGAGCGGCUAAAGUCCAGAAAGGCAUUACUUGGAAAGCGGUAUCGGAAAAAUUACGUGCGAGCAAAGAAUGGACAACUGCGGCCUGCCUGGGCCAAAUGGCAAUGACUAAGGAGCAAGCAGAGAAAGUAGCAGAUCUGUUUGAUUUGCCCGAAAAUGCUAUAGCGUGGCUUCAGGUGGUACCUCAGAAAGAGAAAGUAGCAGAUCUGUUUGAUUUGCCCGAAAAUGCUAUAGCGUGGCUUCAGGUGGUACCCCAGAAAGGUAUAUCAGGCAUUCCAACUGACCCAACCAUUUACCGAUUAUACGAGGUGAUGGCAGUCUACGGAACAACAAUCAAGGAAUUAAUUGCGGAAGAAUUCGGCGAUGGCAUAAUGAGCGCAAUCGAUUUUAAGUUGAACGUUGCUCGUGAACGAAAUGAAGCCGGAGAUCGAGUGACGCUUGUACUGUCCGGCAAGUUCUUGCCCUAUCAAACAUUUUGA